UUUCAAUUUAGCUUCACAUUUUUAAAUUCUUGUACAAAAAAAUUUAAAAAGACUUUUAAAUCUGUCACAAAAACAAAAAUCAAACCUUAUUAAAUGGCUGACAAACUUACUCCUGCACAAAUUCAAUCAUUCAAAGAUGGAUUUGCAUUGUUUGACAAAGAUAGUAAUGGAAGUAUCUCAACAUCUGAAUUAGGUGAUGUCAUGAGAACAUUAGGUCAAAAUCCAACAGAAGCUGAGCUUCAAUACAUGAUCAAUGAAGUUGAUGCCGAUGGAAGUGGAUCAAUUGACUUUGAUGAGUUCCUAAAAAUGAUGGGAGGAAUAGUAAAAUCUCCAGAAGAUGAGGAACGAGAAAUGUGGGAUGCAUUUCAAGUAUUUGACAAAAAUGGAGAUGGAUUUGUUUCGAUUGAUGAAUUGAAAUUUGUAUUGACAAAUUUAGGUGAAAGGCUCACUGAUCAAGAAAUGAAUGAGAUAUUAAAGGAUGCUGAUGUGGACGGUGAUGGAAAAUUAAAUUUUGAAGAAUUUAUUGCAAUGCUACGAGCUACAAAGUAAUAUUUUCCAGCGUGGGUUUAAAUUGAUUUUUUAUUCUGCUCUCCAACAACUUUGUGCUUAUUUUCAAAACAAUAUUGCCCUCCUUCAAACUCAUCUUUAAUGUUUUCUUGACUUUCCAUUGGAAGUAUUUACAAAAGGA